AUGGCGAGCACAAUACUGUCGGCAGCUCACACCGAGAAACUGAACCGGGUAGAGACUGGCGAUGCUGGCUUUUCUCGGCUGGAAGCCACCCUGGUCACAAGCACUGAGGUCGUACCCAGACCAAAUUCGAAGCAAAUGAACGACGUCUCUCGUCAUGCCCAAGUUCAAGAUCACCAAGUUCAAGCCGAACUGGAUUUUGACUGGUCACUUGACAGUCACCAUUAUCCACUAGCAGACCUUCGAUCUCUCCAGCAAGUGUUCGAUAGCGUUCAAUGCCAUAAGCAUUUCCGUCACCAUGAGAACUUUGCCGCAGCAACCGAUAUCGAAUGUUUGGAGGUAACAUCCACAAGUGCCGGUAUGGUUCUCUUCCUUUGUUAUCUACGGGAACUAACUGAAGCCAAACACAUGUGGACUCAAAUCAAUAAAGUCGAUGACCAACUAAGCAGUCUGCAGAGCCGCGAUCGAGCCCAGCUCUCGGAGCUCACCAAACAGCUCCAGGUCAUUAGCCAGAACGCCGAUUCGCACAUUGGCAACGCAGAUGUUUGCAUUAUUACAGCAACGGGGAUCAGAGAUGCACAUGCCCGGCUGUUCCCCGGGAUGCUGCAACAAUUUCGUCAUCAGCAGGUGAGAGACUCUGUCGACUACGUGAUCGACUCAAUGCGGAAACAGAAGAUAUGGUUCCUUAAUUACAAGAAUCGCAAGGAUAGCACUAUGAGCCUCGUGUACAACCUCGUCACUCAGCAGGAUGCGGCCAACAACAUCUAA